GGUUGGAGACGUGGCUUGGGGCCGCCAUCUUGGCCAGAGGCGAAGCGGCGGAGGCUCCUGUCAGGGGCAGCAGGUCCGGAGCGGCCCGAGCUCCGCUUCCCUGGGCCGCAGCCCGAGCCCCAGCGGAGCCAGAGCGUGGUGCGCCCCACCUGCGGCCUCACCAUGGUGCUGUUGGCAGCGGCGGUCUGCACGAAAGCGGGAAAGGCUAUUGUGUCUCGACAGUUUGUGGAGAUGACCCGCACUCGGAUUGAGGGUUUAUUAGCAGCUUUUCCAAAACUCAUGAACACUGGAAAACAACAUACUUUUGUUGAAACAGAGAGUGUAAGAUAUGUCUACCAACCUAUGGAGAAACUGUACAUGGUGUUGAUCACUACCAAAAACAGCAAUAUUUUAGAAGAUUUGGAGACUUUAAGGCUCUUCUCAAGAGUGAUUCCUGAAUAUUGCCGCGCCUUAGAAGAAAAUGAAAUAUCUGAGCACUGUUUUGAUUUGAUUUUUGCUUUUGAUGAAAUUGUUGCCCUGGGAUAUAGGGAGAAUGUUAACUUGGCACAGAUCAGAACCUUCACAGAAAUGGAUUCUCAUGAGGAGAAAGUGUUCAGAGCAGUCAGAGAGACUCAAGAACGUGAAGCUAAGGCUGAGAUGCGGCGUAAAGCAAAGGAAUUACAACAGGCCCGAAGAGAUGCAGAGAGACAGGGCAAAAAAGCACCAGGAUUUGGGGGAUUUGGUAGUUCUGCAGUGUCUGGAGGCAGCACAGCAGCCAUGAUCACAGAGACGAUCAUUGAAACCGAUAAACCAAAAGUGGCACCUGCACCAGCCAGACCUUCAGGCCCCAGCAAGGCUUUGAAACUUGGAGCCAAAGGAAAGGAAGUAGAUAACUUUGUGGACAAACUGAAAUCUGAAGGUGAAACUAUUAUGUCUUCUAAUAUGGGGAAACGUGCCUCGGAAGCAACCAAAGUGCAUGCUCCACCCAUUAAUAUGGAAAGUGUGCAUAUGAAGAUUGAAGAAAAGAUCACACUAACCUGUGGGAGAGAUGGAGGGUUACAGAAUAUGGAGUUGCAUGGCAUGAUCAUGCUUAGGAUCUCAGAUGACAAAUUUGGCCGGAUUCGUCUUCAUGUAGAAAAUGAAGAUAAGAAAGGGGUGCAGCUACAGACCCAUCCAAAUGUGGAUAAAAAGCUUUUCACUGCAGAGUCUCUGAUUGGCUUGAAAAACCCAGAGAAGUCAUUUCCAGUCAACAGUGACGUAGGGGUACUAAAGUGGAGACUGCAGACAACAGAGGAAUCUUUUAUUCCCUUGACAAUUAACUGCUGGCCCUCUGAAAGUGGAAAUGGUUGUGAUGUCAACAUAGAGUAUGAACUACAGGAAGAUAAUUUAGAGCUCAAUGAUGUGGUCAUCACCAUCCCACUGCCAUCGGGUGUUGGUGCACCAGUGAUUGGUGAGAUUGAUGGGGAAUAUCGACAUGACAGUCGGCGAAAUACUUUGGAGUGGUGUCUGCCAGUGAUUGAUGCCAAAAAUAAGAGUGGCAGCCUGGAGUUCAGCAUUCCUGGGCAGCCCAAUGACUUCUUCCCUGUUCAAGUUUCCUUCAUCUCCAAAAAAAAUUACUGCAACAUACAGGUUACCAAAGUGACCCAGGUAGAUGGAAACAGCCCCGUCAGGUUUUCCACAGAGACCACUUUCUUAGUGGACAAAUACGAAAUCCUGUAAUACCAAGAAGGGAAGAAAGCUGAAAAGGAAGGAUUUCAGAUUAAUAACGAAGAAGCCAAAAGUGGCUGAAGAGUUUUUCCAAAUUUACAAGCCAUUGGAGACCCCCUUUUUUCUGAUACAGUGUACAUCCUCUGCGCGCAAGGACCCUCAACUCCCCCCAGCGUUCUGGUGUCACAGAGACAUUCUUUGACAAAGAAACGACACUAACAUAAAGGGAAAGGCUGCUGAUUUCUUUGGCAGGUUUUACUGGCCAGUAGGAAAGCAAGCUCUCCAGGGAAUGUCUCGUAAACAAAACCUCUUCUGCCUUCAUAUAAGUUUCCCCUUUAUUUUAAUCCCUAAAUAUAGUUCUAUUUCAUACUUUGUUUUAAAAAGUUUUCUCCAUAGAUUUGAAUCUUUCAUGCCCCUUUCAGUUUAUUUUUCAGUACACUCAGUCAUGCACUGGGAUCAUCUCUUUGUAGGUAUUAUGUUCGGCACUCCUAGAACAAGUUUAUCUAACCCAUUCUUGACUUUAGACAAUACCAGUGAACUGCUUAUGGGAUGUAGAGUCUAGAAGUUGCAAUACAAGGUUGUCUUAUUUCCUCUCCUGCGUCCAUCCGUUGUUCCAUUUCUUUGCCAAGUUGUUCCCUUGUAAGACCUGACUUUCCAGUUACAAGCAGUACUGUGAAUCCCACUCCUGUCAAUAUGAAAGGUAGCUGAGAAGCAGCUUGCAGAUGGACACACCUUUUCAGAAUGCCUAAUAAGAUGGCUACAUCCAUUUCCACAUGUAAUCAUGUCUGCUGCCAGAGCUACCCAGCUUCCAGUUCACCACAUGUGGGGCAAUUAGUUACUGCGUAGUCACUCAUGGUGUUGCAGUCCACUUAGAUUCCUCAUGUCCACCUCCUCCUCCUCCUCCUCCUCCUCCUCCUCCUCCUCCUCCUCCUCCUCCUCCUCCUCUUCCCAGAUGCUCUUCAUCAGUCUCCUUUCCAGCAGAAAUGAGGCUAGUGAGUCUGUGCCAUUCCCUAUUAGACCUGAACCACCGAGGAGACCCCAUCUUCUCCAUUAGAGUGGUAGCAUUUUGAGAGACAAGUGAUUAUAUUGAUAUGUCCAGAGGACUUACUCCAAUAUACCCCGUUUCCUUCCAUCUCACCUGCCUAUCUGUUCC